UCACAACAGAGAAAGAAAGGCUUUUGUGAAGCUGAGAAGAUAGGACUUCCACUACCCAGCAAAAAUGUCUGACAAAACCCCCUUUGAAACAGAUAUGCUAACACUCACAAGAUUCGUUAUGGAGAAGGGACGCCGCACGAAAGGAGCAACAGGGGAGCUGACACAGCUGCUCAACUCCAUGCUGACUGCCAUCAAAGCCAUUUCCUCUGCAGUCAGAAAGGCAGGCCUUGCCCACAUGUUUGGUAUAGCUGGCACUGUGAAUGUGACUGGUGAUGAAGUGAAGAAGCUGGAUGUAUUAUCCAACUCCCUAGUGAUUAACAUGCUCCAAUCCUCCUACAGUACCUGCGUCCUGGUAACAGAGGAGAACAAGGACGCCAUUGUCACCCCGAAAGACAAGAGGGGUAAAUAUGUGGUGUGCUUUGACCCCCUUGAUGGCUCAUCCAAUAUAGACUGUUUGGCACCAAUAGGAACAAUAUUUGCUAUCUACAAAAAGGAAACGGACGAUGAGCCUUCUGAAACAGAUGCUUUGCAGCCUGGACGCAAUAUUGUUGCUGCAGGCUAUGCCUUAUAUGGCAGUGCUACACUGGUUGCCCUCUCCACAGGGAAAGGAGUGGAUUGCUUCAUGCUUGAUCCGGGUCUUGGUGAAUUUAUUUUGGUUGACAGAGAUGUUAAAAUCAAGAAGAAAGGGAAAGUAUACAGUGUCAAUGAAGGUUAUGCAAAGUAUUUUGACCCUGCAGUGACAGAGUACUUACAGAAGAAGAAAUUCCCUGAGGAUGGCAGUUCCCCAUAUGGUGCCAGGUAUGUGGGCUCCAUGGUAGCUGAUGUUCACCGUACAUUGAUGUAUGGUGGGAUCUUCAUGUAUCCUGCUAAUCAGAAGAAUCCUAAAGGAAAGCUCCGACUUCUCUAUGAGUGCAACCCUAUGGCUUUCAUCAUUGAGCAGGCAGGCGGAAUGGCAACUACAGGGACUGUGGCAGUGCUGGAUGUGAAACCUGAGAGCAUUCAUCAGAGAGUCCCUCUUAUCCUUGGUUCUCCAGAUGAUGUACAAGAAUACCUUGCUUGUGUACAGAAGCACCAUAAGAGUAGCUAAAGGCUUCUCUACAUCAGACCUUGCCUAUGUGUCUUCAGUCUA